AUGAUUGUGUCCAAUGGGAGACUCAUCGGCCGCUGUCUGUCGGUGCGGGGCGUGUCGUCGACGGCGAGCAGGAGUACCGUGUUGUUGAGGGUGGCGGGUGCUGCUGUGCCGCCAUCGCUGCGGGCUGGACGCCGUCUGCUGGCACGCGGAUACGCCAGCGUGGAAACGGAGCCGAACCGGCGAUUGGACCUCCUGGCGCUGGAUCAGAAGUGGCGGGACCGGUGGGCGGCGGUGGCAGAUGAGAAAACGGCUGCUGCUGCGGCUGUGCCUGGUCCAUCCAAGUACGUCCUGCCCAUGUUUCCCUAUCCGUCAGGCAACCUGCACCUGGGUCACCUGCGGGUGUACACGAUCGCGGAUGCGAUCGCACGAUUCCAUCGGCUGCAGGGCUGCGACGUGCUGCUGCCCAUGGGCUUCGACUCAUUUGGGCUGCCGGCCGAGAACGCGGCCCUGCAGCGGGGGAUCCAGCCGGCCGCCUGGACGCGGGCCAACAUUGCCAACAUGAAGGCGCAGCUGGGCGUGAUGAACGGCAGCUUUGACUGGUCGAGGGAACUGUCCACGUGCGAGCCCGAGUUCUACAAACACACGCAGCACAUCUUCCUGAUGCUGCAUCAGCAGGGCCUCGCGUACCAGGCCGAGGCCGAGGUGAACUACGACCCCGUCGACCAGACCGUGCUGGCGAACGAGCAGGUUGAUGCGCACGGCCGGUCAUGGCGCUCGGGCGCCCUCGUCGAGAAGCGCCAGCUGCGCCAGUGGUUCCUGCGCACCUCCGCCUUCCGCGACGCCCUGCUGGACGACCUGGACGUACUGGCACGCGACGGCGCCUGGCCCGAACGCGUGCUGACUAUGCAGCGCAACUGGCUGGGCCGGUCCAAGGGCGCGCUCGUGCAGUUUCCCGUCAUGGGCGGAGGAGGCAGAGAGAGGCGGACGAUCAACGUCUUUACCACCCGCAUCGAUACCCUGAUGGGCGUGCAGUACGUCGCGCUGGCCGCAGCACACCCGCUGGUGCAGGAGCUUGCCGCGACCGACGCCCACCUGCAGGCCUUUCUCGACACGCUGCCAAGCCUGCCGGCCGAUUCCAAGGCGGGUUUCGAGCUGACCGGUUUGCGGGCCAUCAACCCGCUCGCGUUCCACGACCAGACGCCGGCGGCCACCAAGGCGUCGCUGCCGGUGUUUGUGGCACCGUACGUGCUGGGCGACUACGGCGAGGGUGCUGUGAUGGGCGUGCCGGGUCACGACGAGCGCGACCACGCGUUCUGGAAGCAGCACCGGGGCGACGAAGCCGUGCGGACAGUAAUUGCGGAAAAGGCCAAGAAGGCCGAGACGUCCGAAAAUGCCGAAACAUCCGAAAAUGCCGAGCCCACCCCCUACCUCGGCCACGGCGUCAUGACCGAGCAUAGCGGCCCCUUCUGCGGCCGACCAUCACAAGACGCGGCCGUCACGCUGCUGGCGAUGCUGCAGGCGGCCGGGCUGGCUGAGCCGGCCGAGCGCUGGCGGCUGCGCGACUGGCUUGUCAGCCGGCAGCGCUACUGGGGCGCACCCAUCCCGAUUGUGCACUGCGACGACUGCGGCGCCGUUCCGGUGCCCGUGGCUGAUCUGCCGGUGCUUCUGCCCGACGUCGACGAUCACUUCUCGGCCAAGAGGCCGGGCAACCCGCUGGCCGGCGCCGCUGCCGACGACUGGGCCAACGUCGCCUGUCCAAAGUGUCGCCGGCCAGCUCGUCGCGAGACCGACACCAUGGACACCUUUGUCGACUCCAGCUGGUAUUACAUGCGCUUUGUCGACCCUCACAACGCCGACGCACCCUUUGCGCCCGCCACCGCCGCUGUCCGUCUGCCUGUCGACAUCUACAUUGGCGGCAUCGAGCACGCCAUCCUGCACCUGCUGUACGCCCGCUUCAUCUACAAGGCCCUGAUGGCAUCGCCGCUGGCAGAAACGGCAGACGGGCCACACGAGCCCUUUACCCGUCUCAUCACCCAGGGCAUGGUCCACGGCAAGACCUUUGUCGACCCAGCCACCGGCCGCUUCCUGCCGCCCAACCAGGUCGACGUGACCACCAACCCGGGCGCGCCGCGCUGCUCAGCUACCGGGGCCGCCGUCGCCGUCUCAUACGAAAAGAUGAGCAAGUCCAAGCACAACGGCAUCGACCCGACCGACUUUAUCCGGACGCAUGGCGCCGAUGCCACCCGCGCCCACGUGCUCUUCCAAGCCCCCGUGGCCGACGUGCUGAGCUGGGAUGAUGACAAGGUGACCGGCAUCACCCGCUGGCUGGCCCGGUUGUACGAUGUUGUCAUCAAGGCAAGACGUGCUGCAGCGGACAGCGCCCCGGUCACGUGUGAACACGUGACCAAAGACCUUCUUCGCCGCUCAGACGCGCUCGCCACGACGACGACGACGACGACACAAAACCCCGAUGCGCUCGCUCGCUGGGACGCUGACUCGGCCGUGUGGCGCGACCUACAGGCUACCAUCAGCUCGGUCACAGCCUCGUACGAGCGCGUAUACUCGCUCAACACGGUCGUGUCCGACCUCAUGCGCCUGACCAACAGCCUGGCCGCCCACGAGGACGUCGCCUCGCCGUCGGUCCUGCACCACGCGCUGUCCGGCCUCGUGCGUAUGCUGGCCCCUGUCGCGCCCGCCUUUGCCGAAGAGUGCUGGAGCGUGUUGGAGCCGGCUGAGAGUUCGCUCUUUGGCCGGCCCGCUGCUGAGUCAUCCAUAUUUCCCACUCUCGACGGCUCGCUCGCUUGGUUGCAGCCGCGGCUGCUGAACUGCGCCGUCCAGAUCGACGGGAAGCUGCGCUGCGCCGUUGCCAUUCCCCGCCCGCCGACCGCCCUCGCUGGCGACGCCCUGCGCGACUGGCUCGUCGCCGCCAUCCUGCAGACGGACGAAGGCAAGGCCAAGCUGGCCGGCGGCAGCGGUAGCGGAAAUCAAAGCCGAGGCAAAAACAGCAGUCGCGACAUCCGCCAGGCCAAAAAGGCCAUUGUUGUCCGGGACGGAAAGCUGGUCAACUUCAUGUUCUAG